AUCGACGCUGGUCUGUUGACAAAUAUCGGGGGAGGGACCACUGCGGCUCUGGCUGUGGGCGCGAGUGAAGGCGGUCUCGUCGUCCAAGACUCUCGGCAGCAAUGAAGAGCCAACAGAAAAGCCCUGAACCAGAUGUGGGUGUAACCGUCAACGAGGAAGGGUCCGUAGCCACGGCAGAGGACCCGGCAGCUAUUGCCACCAUUCAGUCUUCCGCCACCUUCACCGACCAACCCAUCAAAUAUCUCUUCAAGACAGAAGGAGCAGGCGGACAGGUGACUUACAGAGUGAUCCAGGUGUCCGAUGGCCAGUUGGAGGGUCAAACAGAUGGAGCUGCAGCCGUCAGCCUGGUCACUGGUUUCCCAGCAUCCACUCAGGCUGUCACACAGGCUGUGUUCUCCCAGCCCGAGGGACUGGAGGGAGACGGCAGCUCGGAGACGCAGUACACAUACUACCCUGCCACCAUUGCAGACGCCACCACGGGAACCAUGGUAACCACAGUGCAGGCCUCCGACACCCUGCUGGGUCAGACCACACCCACAGGUAAGCACUGCU